UAAGCUAGGGACUUCUUCCUAUAUAUGUAGGCCAAGGAGCCCGCAACUCUCACAUGCAACAAGGAGGAAGCGACGAAGGCACUCAUCUAUCAGAAUGAGCUGCUGCCAACUUCCUUCCAUGGCUCAAAGGUUGAGGGGGAAAGUAGCUCUGAUAACGGGCGCCGCAAGCGGGAUGGCCGAGAGCACCGCCAAAUUGUUCCACCGUCACGGGGCCAAGGUCAUGAUCCUGGACAUCCAGGACGAACUGGGCCAAAAAGUUGCCGACGAAAUUUCUCCCUCCGGCGAAGACGCCUCCUAUUUCCACUGCGACGUAACAAACGAGGACGACGUCCGUUCCGCCGUCGACGCAGCCGUGGCCAAGUACGGGAAGGUUGACGUGAUGUUCAACAACGCCGGAAUUGUCGAGAAAGCUGCGCGGCUGGCUGACUUCCCGAAAUCCGUCUUCCAGCGGGUCAUGGACGUCAACGUGACGGGAUGCUUCUUGGCAGCCAAGCAUGCGGCGAGGGUGAUGAUUCCUCAAAGGAAAGGCAGCAUAAUCUUCACGGCGAGCAUGGCGUCAGUCGUCGGCGGCACUGCCCAGCAUGGCUACACAGCUUCGAAGCACGCAGUGGUGGGGCUGACCAGGAACUUGGCGGCAGAGCUGGGCCAGUUCGGGAUACGAGCCAACUGCAUCUCACCUUACCUGGUGGCGACUCCAUUUGCUGCAGCUGCAAAAGAACUGAGCCUUGCCGAUGUCGAUGGGCUGGGGCAACGGAACUCCAAUUUGAAGGGGGUGACCUUGAAGAAAGAGGAGAUUGCAGAGGCCGCGCUCUAUCUGGCUAGCGAUGAGUCCAAGUUCACCAGCGGACUCAACCUUGUUGUGGAUGGAGGGAUCACAGUUACACUUGGAGAAUUAAAUGUCUACAAAUUAGGUUUAUAUUGAAGGACAGAAAUUCUUGUUAAUUUUCACACAUUAUUCAUAUGCAAGUGUUGCUUCUAAGAUAAUUUGGGACGUUUCCUUUUGUUGUGUUGUAGAUUGAUCAAUGAAAAACGAGUAAGAAUUAGUUAAAUGAGAAAACACAUGUU